AUUCUGGAAGCCGCUUUUCGCGACCCCCAAAACACCGCCAUCAGCCUAGAGCCCUCCAAUGUAAACAAGGUCAUCAAGAGCGGGGCCUAUGAUGCUGAUCCGGAUUUGUAUUACACGAAAACCCAACUGUGGGACAUGGAGUACAACAAGGCACACAACCCAGGAAAAUACUUGCGGCACAUCUUGCGGCCAGGAAGUGUUCGCGUCUUCAAUGUGCGCAAGGAUGGCCCGAGAGAGAUAUUUGUCCGGGUUUCAGACCAAGCAACAUGGGUGGAUCCUUCCAAGUACAGCACAAUUAUCGAGCAAGUCUUUAUAGACAACGAAUCGCAGCGAGAAUUUUUCAUUGGUAUCCCAGAAGUCGAAGAUCCGGAGGGCAAGAGGAUUGUCACUGGACCUCAGGUGCUUUUCCACGUCGAGCACUCUGCCACUGGAACUGAAGACGAGCCGCUCAAUGUUUGGCGUAUUGUCCAUUUAGACAAAGAUGAAGAUGGAAAGAUUAAGGAGGUAUUUGCAAAGAUGGGGGCUUCGCUGUACCUUAGAGAAUUUAACGAGGUCUAUAUUCGCGAGGAUUUGGGCAAGAAGCUGAACCGAGUUUGA